AUGACGCUAGACACUAUCUCAGCUAGCCAGUGCAUGCAUCAAGGCUGCGGCAUCACAUCAUCUUUACUGGCCCUGUACUUCAAACUUCACACAAGACUUCUUCGUAGGAUCCGCCAUUUUGUUGGUGUCGAAAGCUCUGAGCAGCUCGCAUUCAUCGAUGAGCUUCAUAAGCUUGGGCUCAGCAGCGAUAUUAAACUACCAGAGUUUAAUGGAUGCUCUCAGCUCGUCGUGGUUGGCGAUCAAAGUACUGGAAAGAGCUCUGUCCUCCAAGCGAUCACCGAGAUAUCCUUCCCAGUGAAGCAAGAUACGUGUACUCGAUUUCCUGUAAAGAUAUCUUUUCGUCAAACUGCCACAGUGACUGUUCCAGCCGUCAAGGCAACUAUUACUCCUGGCCGACUCACGGCGAAGGACGAUGCUUUUCGUGCAAGAACAAAGGACUUUUGCAUGGAGAGCGAAACGCUGACGCAGGAGGUUUUGAGGGACAUGAUUGACAAGGCUACUGAAUGUAUCUUCGAAGAGGAUACGGUGAAGAGUGACCGUCUGUCUGAUGCGGUCCUCCGCAUCGAGCGCUCGGGUCCGGACGAGAUGCACUGGUCAAUAGUAGAUCUUCCAGGUCUGAUCCGGAAUGGAGGCUUGACCAAGGGACUUACGAAUGGCACAUUGACCAAUGGCUCAUCUUCCACUCAUGAUAUGGUGCCUUCGGAUACAGACGGGGCUAUUGCUGAGGCGGUAGUGCGCGAAUACAUGCAAAACGAGAGAAAUAUUGUUCUGCUCGUCGUCGACGAUGUCGAUGUUCGUCGUCAGAGAAGUCUAGAGAUCGCCCAGAGCAUUCCAGGACUCCAGAGCCGGUCGAUUGGGGUUCUAAGCAAGUGCGACAAGAGGGAAGAAGGAUCUGGCGAAUGGAUGGUCUCUUUGUUGCAGAACAAACGGAUCCCGAAUGUCCCCUACCUAAAUCACGGUUGGUUCGGGAUCCGGAACAGAAGGCCUAUCGAAUCUCACUUCACAGAUGCUCAACGGGAUGAGGCUGAGGAACGAGAGUUCUCCCGAGCUUCCUGGCGGGAUGCGCCAAAGGAACGGUUCGGGAUAAGGGCUUUGAUGAACUACGUCGACAGGGAACGUCGUGUGCAGCUGCAAAAAGGCAUGCCUCAGAUCAUCGAUGAGAUUCGCCGGAAACUCAAGGAGUGUGAAGACGAGCUUGGAAAGAUGGGGGAGGCCAGGACUAGCCCGGGGGCCCAGCGAUCUUUUGUGUGGCAAUUCUGCGCCAAAAUGCAGGAGAUGGCUGAUGCUGCUUUGCGUGGCCGAUACCAGACUAUUGCCUCCGUAGACCCCAAAGUCAGACUCCGCUACCUGAUACAGCAGCGUUUAGAGGAGUUAGGCGAAGCAAUAUGUCCAACCAAGGAGGUUUCUGUACGAUUCAAUGCGUAUGAGGAGGAGUGGAGGCAACUCCGGGCUUCUGACCCUCGCACAUGGGAAGAAAGUAUCAGGACAGCGGAUGACAUAUACUCACUCAUUUAUAACGAGGCUAUACUUAGUCGUGGAACAAGCUUGCCCGGUAGUGUUCACCCGGAUGUUGAAGAAACGGUCUUCCGGAAGAUGUCUGAGCACUGGGAACGCUAUGCGAGGGACGCGGUUGAGGAUGUCAAGCUGCGAGUGAAGGAGUGCUACAGUAUCCUGCUUCAACUGGCGAUACCGACUAACCGCGUGCGAUUGGAGGUUAGCAAGCUCAUCAGCAGGCAACUGGAAGAUUGGAACAAGGAUGCAGAUAAUGCUCUGCGGGAGCUCGUCGAGGAUAACCAGACCCGGCCACUGUUCACAACAAACCCUGGGCUUAAGUUAACUACCGGAACUGCGGACGAGCUACGCAAUCGUAUAUUCAAUGGGAGUAUGAAGGAGGGUCCUGAUCCAGAGGGCCCGCCCCGCGAGGAGAAAUACCUCUCCAGCUUGCUGAACAAUGUCCUCCAAACAAAGGCCAAGCUCGACACUUACUACCAGAUAGCGAUCUUCAGGUUUAUGGAUAAUGUGGCGACUCAGGUUGUUGAGAGACACGUGCUGGGGCCGAAAUGCCCACUACGAGCUGUCUCUUUUGAGACGUUCACGCGGCUUAAUGAUGAUGAACUCAACCGAGUGGCCGGAGAGGAUAAAUUCGAUGUUUCAACACGGCAGAGAUUGGAGAGAUCAAGAGAUGGGUAUCGGAAAGCACUGGCCUGGUGGGAGCAGCUGAGUGUGCUUUAG